CAAUUCCCACAGUAAAAGUUGUAUUAUGACAUUUUAUUAUCUACAAUCUACGUAUUCCGCUUGCGAGAAUAAAAGGAGAAAAAAAUAGAAAAACCUUCAACGGAUUUUAGUUUAACUCGUCAUUUUUUAAAUAUCGGUUUAAAAAUGCUGCCUGUCAAAAAUGUCAACAUGUUUUUAGUAUGGCAGCACUGACCAGUGUGGCCAAGUAUCCCGCAGGCCGCAUUACUCAAGAUUUCACCCAUAGAGUUACAAUAAUAUAAAAAUUUCGAAAAAGUCCUAAGUGACGUAGACGUUUUUUGUUGCGCACUGUUUUUAUGGUGGGUAACAUGAACCCAACCAAGUUACGUAGGGUGUUUUUGGUACGUUGUCAAGAAUGUUAAAACGUGUUUUUAAUUUUGUCGCCAGCAAUAAGAAAAAACAGGAAAUUGGUACUCCAUAGAUAAAUGUUUAAAGUUCGUCAAAAGGCACCAAUCAGCCCAAAUAAUUGUAGUAACAUAAAAUACGCAAGCAGUUUAUUGCAGCAAACUACAACUUGUUGCACACCAUUCAUUAGUUGAAGUUUCAAAGCUUAAGAAAUAGCAACAAGCCGACUUUGUCAGUAGAAACAAGCGUGAAAUGCAAAAUUUGAAUCAGAUCGACUCUUCGCGCUUAUAUUCUACUGAAAAAGCUCGCUUGUGGGGUAAGGAAAUAUGUUUAGAAAUAAUAUAUAAAAUAGAAUAAUAUUUUUUUAAACUUAACCAAAGUUAUGUAUGCUCACGUCUCAAAAUAUCGAUACGGACAAAGUGCCAAAAAUACAUAUUUUUGACACUUCCCUAAUAUGUAUAUGGGCCUAAUAUAUGGUAUAAUAUAAAGUCGUUUAUACAUAUUUUUGGCACUUCGAUCGCGUCGAUGUUUUCAGACUUGACUGUACAAUUUAACGCAGUUGUUUUUAAAGAUUUCAUAUUUUUAGUUUUUUAAAGCUACUCCCAUAUUUUUCUAUUUCGUUAUCUGGCAACAUUAAGACCAACUUUUUUUUUCUUUGCUUUUCUUUUCUGUUUGUGUUCGCGCCAAUCAAUAAACGAAAUCGAUUUCAAAUUUAAUUUUAUUUGCUUAAUUAUUUCAUUAUGGAUUUCCCAAAUACAAGUGGAAUUAGAAGCCCAUUUUCACCUAGAGUCAGACAAUCAAUUUCAGGCCGACGAGCGGGCUUGUCUUCUGCAAAAAAGUCCCAAAGUAAGUUUAUGCAGUCCAUUGAAGCCCCGACAGGAGAAGUGAUCUACAAGACUCCUUUGACUACAGUGGAGACAUAUGGACAUCCAUUGCCCGUGUUAGUGACAGAGGCCCUUACAUUUGCAAGCGGUGAAGUCACAGUCGGUCUGUCAGCCAACGGUUACUGCUGGCUUGUGUUCGGACGGAGGCUGCUGGUGUGGGCGAGGGACGGUGGCGCGGCGCGCGAGCUCACGCUGCCGCAGACCGAUCUGCAGCACAAGGCAGAGCUGGUCGAGGUGUUCUAUGAGGAUGGGGCGCAGAUGCCAUCAUGCAUCGGCGUGUCGCCCGAAGGCGUCGCCCGCUACUGGCCCUCGGUCGGCCAGGAGCUGUACGCGGACACCAGCUGCGAGCUGGCCGGCCAGGAGUGCAGCCGGCUGCUGGCGUCCGGCUCCGCGGCCGCUCUGUUGCUGGCCACCACGUCCUGCAGCCUGCUGCAGCUGCGGCCGGAGCCGGAACGGACGGGUGUCACAUGCAGGCAGCUCCGUCCACCGUCCGGGUGGCUGGGCGGCAUCGGCAGGCGCGUGUCCCUUCUGUUCUUCGGCUCCAUGCCUGCCAACGCUGAUACUAAACUGGUCGGCGUGGUGAUCCUGCUCGACGGCCCCAUGUGCGCGGGCGAGCAGCCGGGCUACGUGGCGCUGGUGGGCGGCGGCGGCGGCGCCGUGCUGCAGCUGUGGCGCGGCGCCGAGCUGCACGAGCACAACCUGCGCCGCGCGCUCACCGACGCGCACAGGGCUCAAGGUGACGUCAUUACUUGCGGGCGAGCAGCCGGGCCACGUGGCGCUGGUGGGCGGCGGCGGCGGCGCCGUGCUGCAGCUGUGGCGCGGCGCCGAGCUGCACGAGCACAACCUGCGCCGCGCGCUCACCGACGCGCACAGGGCUCAAGGUGGCUCAAGGUGACGUCAUUACUUGCGGGCGAGCAGCCGGGCCACGUGGCGCUGGUGGGCGGCGGCGGCGGCGCCGUGCUGCAGCUGUGGCGCGGCGCCGAGCUGCACGAGCACAACCUGCGCCGCGCGCUCACCGACGCGCACAGGGCUCAAGGGCUCAAGGUGACGUCAUUACUUGCGGGCGAGCAGCCGGGCCACGUGGCGCUGGUGGGCGGCGGCGGCGGCGCCGUGCUGCAGCUGUGGCGCGGCGCCGAGCUGCACGAGCACAACCUGCGCCGCGCGCUCACCGACGCGCACAGGGCUCAAGGGCUCAAGGUGACGUCAUUACUUGCGGGCGAGCAGCCGGGCCACGUGGCGCUGGUGGGCGGCGGCGGCGGCGCCGUGCUGCAGCUGUGGCGCGGCGCCGAGCUGCACGAGCACAACCUGCGCCGCGCGCUCACCGACGCGCACAGGGCUCAAGGGCUCAAGGUGACGUCAUUACUUGCGGGCGAGCAGCCGGGCCACGUGGCGCUGGUGGGCGGCGGCGGCGGCGCCGUGCUGCAGCUGUGGCGCGGCGCCGAGCUGCACGAGCACAACCUGCGCCGCGCGCUCACCGACGCGCACAGGGCUCAAGGGCUCAAGGUGACGUCAUUACUUGCGGGCGAGCAGCCGGGCCACGUGGCGCUGGUGGGCGGCGGCGGCGGCGCCGUGCUGCAGCUGUGGCGCGGCGCCGAGCUGCACGAGCACAACCUGCGCCGCGCGCUCACCGACGCCAGCCGGGCCACGUGGCGCUGGUGGGCGGCGGCGGCGGCGCCGUGCUGCAGCUGUGGCGCGGCGCCGAGCUGCACGAGCACAACCUGCGCCGCGCGCUCACCGACGCGCACAGGGCUCAAGGUGACGUCAUUACUUGCGGGCGAGCAGCCGGGCCACGUGGCGCUGGUGGGCGGCGGCGGCGGCGCCGUGCUGCAGCUGUGGCGCGGCGCCGAGCUGCACGAGCACAACCUGCGCCGCGCGCUCACCGACGCGCACAGGGCUCAAGGCGACGUGAACAGCCUCCAAGUGAUGUGUCUGGACGUGCGAGCGGGCGGGCCGCAAUCGCUCGCGCUGCUCAUCGCGUGCGUCAACGUGGCGCGCUCCGACACCAGACAUGCCAUUGCGCACAUGUCCGUGGAAGACCCAGCCAACCCCCGAGUCACCUCCCUCAUACCUCUCCGCGGAUGCACUCUGUCGCCAGACAUCGCUCCGCGCCUGCUGCCGCUGCCCUCCGCCGCCGCCCUGUACACCAGCACAUAUGUGGCUAUAGUCAGCACAGUGGCGAACGACAAAGUGGAAUACAUAGAUGUAGCUUCAGAGGGAGACAGAAUCCUCGGUGCUACUCUGUGUAACGGGCAGCCAUUACUGUUCAGUCGGAAACAUGGCGUGCUGGCGCUCACUUCAGCCGAGACGGUGUCUACCAACGUGUCCGUGUGCGAAAGCCCCAUGGGUUCGCCUUGCCCGUCCGACAUGUACGAUGGCAACCUGUCCCUCUACGAGAUCGAUCCGCACGAGGUGAGCAUGGUAACAACAGACGCGUGCGGCAAACUCAAAACGGCCUUCCUGUUCCAUCUGCGUCGCGACGCGGCCGCCUGCCGCGCCAUCGUGCAGGAGCUGUUCCCGGCCAAGCAGCGCGCCGACCCCGCGCUGGACAACACCGUCGUGCGCAUCGCCACGGAGCUGUGCGACGACGUACCGCAGGGGGAUCCCAGAUGGAAGCAGCGCGCAGGCGCCCUUGCGACCAACAUCCCGCUGGGCAGCUCGUCGGCGCUGCAGAUCAACGCGCAGCUCCGCGACAAGCAGCGCGCCUUUUCGCUCUUCGCAGACUUCUUGCGGGCCACGGGCUUGUGGCAGCGGCUCGGCUCGGUCGCUCUAGAAACCGGUGGCGACUGCAUCAGUACAGUCUCAGCAUUGGGCAUGCUGGCAGAGAAGCUCGCUAUCGCUCUGGCGCUGAGAAAGAAACAGCAGAGUGGAGAUUCACAACUUAUCGACGCCGCCGUUUAUCAGGUGGUGUGCGGCGACGAGGCGGAACCAGAAGAACCGGAAGUAGAGGCAGCGUUGUCUUCGGGCGCGUUAUCCCCGGCGGACGUGUGCUUCCGGCGCGUGUCGGGCGUGCAGCGCGCGCUGGCGGCGCUGUGCGCCGUGGGCGCGCCCGCGCAGCACGACGCGCGCGCGCUCGCCGCGCACGCGCAGCAAGUUUCUAGGCUGCUCACGAGCAUCCUAACCGAAGUGCACGGCACUUGCGCGCAGUGGCCGGCGCGGCCGCCGCGGCUGGGCGCGGGCGCGCUGCUGCCCCGGCUGCUGCAGCUGCACACCAGGGCCGUCGCUCAAUACGGUCCCGGUUGCCCGGAUGUAGUCCUCCGCUCAUCACUGUACGAGGCCACCAGUCUCCUGGCCGACCUUAUACUGACGGAGGCCGAGUCGCUGCGACAGCACAGCGACACGCGACACGUCGGCGACAAGAUGCGGCGAGACAUCAUACAGCCCUAUAUCGAUGCCGGACAGAUGGAGAGAGCUGCAGUGCUAGCAGAAAAGUUCAAAGAUUUCGAGCUUCUUAUCGAGAUGUGUGACCGUCAAGAUGAUAUGGAGCGCUUGUAUUCUUAUAUUGACAAGUAUUCGGGCGAGGGCAUCGCGGAGUCCGCAUUCGCGUACCUGAUGGAGCGCGGCGGCGGCGGCACGGCGCGGCUGCUGCGCGCGCUCGGCGCCCGCUACCCCGCGCGCCUGCGCGCCUGGCUCGCCAGGACCCCGGCCCGGGACCCGGCCCGCGCGCUGCACCUGCUCAGCGCCAAGGACUACGGGCAAGCGGCUCGAGUGCUGGCCCAGCUGGCCAGGGGGGAGCGGGACUCGGUCAGCAGGCUGACGGUGAGUAUACAGUCUGUACCUGACGGAGCGCGGCGGCGGCACGGCGCGGCUGCUGCGCGCGCUCGGCGCCCGCUACCCCGCGCGCCUGCGCGCCUGGCUCGCCAGGACCCCGGCCCGGGACCCGGCCCGCGCGCUGCACCUGCUCAGCGCCAAGGACUACGGGCAAGCGGCUCGAGUGCUGGCCCAGCUGGCCAGGGGGGAGCGGGACUCGGUCAGCAGGCUGACGCGGCGCGGCUGCUGCGCGCGCUCGGCGCCCGCUACCCCGCGCGCCUGCGCGCCUGGCUCGCCAGGACCCCGGCCCGGGACCCGGCCCGCGCGCUGCACCUGCUCAGCGCCAAGGACUACGGGCAAGCGGCUCGAGUGCUGGCCCAGCUGGCCAGGGGGGAGCGGGACUCGCGCGGCGGCGGCACGGCGCGGCUGCUGCGCGCGCUCGGCGCCCGCUACCCCGCGCGCCUGCGCGCCUGGCUCGCCAGGACCCCGGCCCGGGACCCGGCCCGCGCGCUGCACCUGCUCAGCGCCAAGGACUACGGGCAAGCGGCUCGAGUGCUGGCCCAGCUGGCCAGGGGGGAGCGGGACUCGCGCGGCGGCGGCACGGCGCGGCUGCUGCGCGCGCUCGGCGCCCGCUACCCCGCGCGCCUGCGCGCCUGGCUCGCCAGGACCCCGGCCCGGGACCCGGCCCGCGCGCUGCACCUGCUCAGCGCCAAGGACUACGGGCAAGCGGCUCGAGUGCUGGCCCAGCUGGCCAGGGGGGAGCGGGACUCGCGCGGCGGCGGCACGGCGCGGCUGCUGCGCGCGCUCGGCGCCCGCUACCCCGCGCGCCUGCGCGCCUGGCUCGCCAGGACCCCGGCCCGGGACCCGGCCCGCGCGCUGCACCUGCUCAGCGCCAAGGACUACGGGCAAGCGGCUCGAGUGCUGGCCCAGCUGGCCAGGGGGGAGCGGGACUCGCGCGGCGGCGGCACGGCGCGGCUGCUGCGCGCGCUCGGCGCCCGCUACCCCGCGCGCCUGCGCGCCUGGCUCGCCAGGACCCCGGCCCGGGACCCGGCCCGCGCGCUGCACCUGCUCAGCGCCAAGGACUACGGGCAAGCGGCUCGAGUGCUGGCCCAGCUGGCCAGGGGGGAGCGGGACUCGCGCGGCGGCGGCACGGCGCGGCUGCUGCGCGCGCUCGGCGCCCGCUACCCCGCGCGCCUGCGCGCCUGGCUCGCCAGGACCCCGGCCCGGGACCCGGCCCGCGCGCUGCACCUGCUCAGCGCCAAGGACUACGGGCAAGCGGCUCGAGUGCUGGCCCAGCUGGCCAGGGGGGAGCGGGACUCGCGCGGCGGCGGCACGGCGCGGCUGCUGCGCGCGCUCGGCGCCCGCUACCCCGCGCGCCUGCGCGCCUGGCUCGCCAGGACCCCGGCCCGGGACCCGGCCCGCGCGCUGCACCUGCUCAGCGCCAAGGACUACGGUCUGUACCUGACGGAGCGCGGCGGCGGCACGGCGCGGCUGCUGCGCGCGCUCGGCGCCCGCUACCCCGCGCGCCUGCGCGCCUGGCUCGCCAGGACCCCGGCCCGGGACCCGGCCCGCGCGCUGCACCUGCUCAGCGCCAAGGACUACGGGCAAGCGGCUCGAGUGCUGGCCCAGCUGGCCAGGGGGGAGCGGGACUCGGUCAGCAGGCUGACGACUACGGCAUCCUUGGCCAAGCUCUGCCUCUUGGCAUCCGACGAGGAAACUCAACCCUCCGACCUGUGGAAUAAGGUGGAAGGUUGCCUGUCUCUAGCCGAGCAGCACGCGGCGCUGCCGCGCGACAUCAAGCUGCUGCACGGUCUGGACGCGGCGGACUGCAAUGUGAUGCCGCCGGAGGAACUGGUGCAGAUGUACAUCGAAAGCGAGAGCGACGCAUUAACCGAGUACGACUACAAGAAGGCCCUCGACCUGACCGACUUCGUGCAGGACAUGGAGCGCCGCGAUGACUUGAGGCUCAGGGUGUGGUGCGCGUGCAUCCGGCGCUCGUCGUGGGCCGCCGUCGACGUGGAGGCGCCCGCCGCCGAGCUGCAGGACAAGAUGGUGUUCCGCCUCAUGCAUCUAGUGCACUUCAUGGGCGGCGACCUGGAGCUGCUGCUGCCGCCGGCCGAGGACGUGCUCACGGCGCGCGAGCUGGCCGACCUGGUGUCCGACGCGCGCUUCCGCUACAUCAUCAAGUACGGCUACGAGUGCCUGCACGGCCGCCGGCACGACCGGCCCCCGCAGCAGGAAACCGCUAUGAUCACUACAUAAGUAGGAGGACAUGUUUACAGCGCGAACCAAAACGGUGUAGUCUUCGAUGCCACUAUCAAGAAACUGAACCACCGUAUGCAGUAUAGUGUUUGAUUGAAAAACAAGAUGUAUGCGUUUUCCUUAAUCCAGUAUCAACAUUUAACAAAAAGCGCUAAAGCCCCACAGGUUGCGAAUUCUAAAUAAACUUUCGUAACCGACCUAAAGACUUAUUUUUACUUAGGUUUUAACUAUUAUGUUUGUGCAGGCAUAUGGUCGCGGUUAUCAGAUAAUUGGAAAAACGUCAUUUUCUCAUUCUAAGUCUAGUAAGAGACUGCCUUUUUAUCUUGUUACUAACGUACUGUAAGCGCUACCAUAAUAGCCCUGCUGAUAUAUGUAAGAUCUUACAUGACGGAAAGCGAAAACAGAUGUGACAAAAUUACUUAUUAUAGUUGAAUUUUUUUGGGCUCAAACAGCGCGGUAGCUACUGAAUAUCUUAUUAGUGAGAAGGAUGAAGCCCGUUUAAAUGGCAAUUUUAGCGUUCUACUUAUAUGGCUUAAAUUUAUGUAACAGCUUUUCGUUACCUCCGAACAUUUUUACCUGAAUUUGAUUGAGGGUCGGUAAUCCUACAUUACCCAAACGUGUUAUCUCUGAACGCUGUUAAAUGAAUUUGAGCCAUAUACAUAAUAAGAACGCUAAAAUUACCUUUUAACGACCUACCUUUCCCUUUACCUUUAACCUUUUACCUUUUUUGACGACCGGUUUGGCCUAGUGGGUAGUGACCCUGCCUACGAAGCUGAUGGUCCCGGGUUCAAAUCCUGGUAAGGGCAUUUAUUCGUGUGAUGAGCAUGGAUAUUUGUUCCUGAGUCAUGGGUGUUUUCUAUGUAUUUAAGUAUUUAUAAAUAUUUAUAUAUUAUAUAUAUCGUUGUCUAAGUACCCGCAACACAAGCCUUAUUGAGCUUACUGUGGGACUUAGUCAAUUUGUGUAAUAAUGUCCUAUAAUAUUUAUUAUUAUUAUUAUUUAAACGAGCUUGAUCUUUCUCUCCCAUAUCAAAUUCGGUAGCUACCACGAUGCAUAAAAUAAUCAAUGCCUUUUAUUCAACAAUUUAAGGUUUGAGCCGAAUCAUAUUAGAAUUUUUUACUUUAUAUGGAAAUCUUGUGCUGAGCUUCAUUCUCUAUUGUCAUGUAAAAGUUACCAUCAACUCCUCGUGGGUUAAGGAGCUCUUGCUCGCCAAACUCACCAUUCGAUGAUGUACAGUCAGACUGAAUUAGACAUAGGACGUCCGCUUGCACCGACUGUACAAACUUAUCGUUA